CUCCAGCACAUGGGAUGGUUGGGCGGGUCGUCGACGCGCACAGCCGCUCCGCCUCCAAGGCGCUGUGGAAGAAAGGAUCACAGACGGGAGAGACUGACACUAAAAGGCGAUAAACAAGCAUCAAUGUGUGCAGCCUAUGUAUUUUACAAGACCGAAGAGAAACAAACAUGCGACCGCGCCAGCUGUAACAGGAUAUCAGGGCUGGGACUGUGUUAAUGCGCCGCCCUGGUUGUGCGCUCUGGAGCAACGUACAGCGCGUCAAAGAAAAUCAGAUUUCUCAGGGCGACUUGUGUUUACACAGGAGCCAUCCAAAGCCACGUUUUAGCAAGCAAGCUUGGUUGGGACAGUACAGUGCACGACUGUUUGCGUUUGACUCACUGCCCAUGCAAACCGUGGAGGAACAGAGCAAGCAAGAAAGCCACCAAUACAUGACCAUAUAAGUGAUUUUACUUGAAAUCCUUGACGGGAAACUGUCCGUCGGAGAGUGUAUUAUUUUUUUUGCAGAGAUCUGGAUGUCAUUAAGUGUUGCAGCUGAUCGGCAGGGCGAGCACAUGUGCAUGUAAUCGCUUCGUUGGAGGAAACAACUUUCACUAUGGAUGUGGACAUGGAAACUGUUGCAAAGUAACCACAACUGCGCCUGGCCUCGGAUUGCAGGGAAUGGUAGCUACAUCGGCAUAAUUUUUUAAUAGUAAUCUCUAUUCCACAUCGCUGUCAAGGAGCUUCGGCCGAAAGUCCGCUGGGUCGACAUGGAGACUCAGGAGGAUGAGAGGGAGAGCAGUCCUCCGAAGUCGGACAGGAGGUUCGCCUUGACGUACAUCGGCUGGUCCUCGCUGGACAGGCGGACCACCCUACCCAUGCUGCCGUGGCUGGUGGCUGAGAUCCGCAGGAGGGGCGAGAGGGGCGACUGCGGCCCCAUGGUGCAGCCGAGAGAAGUUCAGCUGGUCCUCAACCCCCCUUUCGUCCGAUGUGUCCCCUCCAGCAGCAACAACUCCUCAGUCUUUAUAUUCGAGCACAAAGCACAGCUCGUCUCUCGCUUCAUCCACAACAGCAAUGACCUCACCUAUUUCGCCUAUCUCCUGCGGGGCCAGCCCGACAAUCCCGAGUCCGAGAUGUCCUGUCACGUCUUCAAGGCCUGCGACCCCAACCAGGUCCCCGAGGUGAUCAGCAGCAUUCGCCAAGUGUCCAAAUCAGCCCUAAAGGAAGACACCAAGCCAAAACAGGAAGCUGACGAGGCCUUCUACAACUCCCAGAAGUUUGAAGUGCUCUACUGUGGCAAGGUGACAGUUGUGCACAAAAAGGCUCCACCCACACUCGUUGAUGACUGCAUCGAUAAGUUUCGUCAGCAUGAGGUCGAACGCAAGCGCCUGCGGCUGCUCAACGGUCAGCGAGGGUCCACAGAGAGUGCCCCCGUGGAGUUCCUCAUCGGGGGAGAAGGAGACCCUCUGUCUGCUGUUCUGAAUAAGAGUAUAGAAGACCCUGAUUGCCCUGGAGUGGAGGACAUGACUGGAGGUAAAGGUCUGUCUAGCAGUGCCAGUCAGAGCAGCCUGCGAGGAGCGUUCCCCGAGUGCAUCCUGGAGGAUUCCGGAUUUGAGGAGCCUCAGGAGUUUCGUACCCGUUGCAGCAGCCUGGCGGGGAGUUUGCAGAAGAAGCCGGGAGAAGGCGUCAUCAUGGCACCCACGCGCCGCAGACACUCUAGCGCACCCAACCAUGUUCAGCCGUCUGACGCAGACAAGAACCGUACCAUGCUCUUCCAGGUUGGGCGUUUUGAAGUAAACCUCAUAAGUCCUGACAGUAAAACAGUGGUGCUGGAGAAGAACUUCAAAGAUAUCUCAUCCUGCUGUCAGGGCAUCAAGCAGUGCGACCAUUUUGGAUUCAUCUGUCGGGACCAAUCAGAGCCUGGUCCCAGUCAGUAUGUGUGCUAUGUUUUCCAGUGUGCCAGUGAGUCCCUGGUGGAUGAGGUGAUGCUGACCCUGAAGCAGGCCUUCACUACAGCAGCAGCCUUACAGAGCAACAAGACCCAGGUCCAGCUCUGUGAAGCCUGCCCCAUGCACGACCUGCACAAGCUCUGCGAGCGGAUUGAAGGUCUCUACCCACCCAGAGCAAAGCUAGCCAUCCAAAAAUAUCUCUCCCAGCUGACUGAUAAUGAGCAGGCUGAAAUUUUUGAGCGAGUUCAGAGACUGAAGCCUGGGUCAGACCAAGAGGAGAAUGAGCUGGUGAUUCUCCAUCUAAGACAGCUCUGUGAAACCAAACAAAAGUCCCACCUCCACAUCGGAGAGACCCCUCAGAACGCAGCAAACAGCUCAUCGGCAGGAGACGGCGCAGCCACCAGCAGUCGCUUCAAACUUGAUAUUCUCAAGAAUAAAGCACGCACCUCCCUCACCAGCUCUCUGGAGAACAUCUUUGCGAGGGGUGCCAGCCGGAUGCGGGGCCGCUUGGGGAGCAUGGGAAGCAUUAGCAGUUUUGAACGGCAGGAUGAGGAAUCUCCUGGUCACUCCCCUCCAGGUUCCCCUCCCGCUUUUCCAGACGAUGACCCGGAAGCCGGCUUGCAGUUCCGUAGGCGUGCCCACACCUUCAGCCAUCCACCUGUGAAGAAACGCAUCUCAUUUGAGGGACAGCCGUCCAGCCAGGGCAAACAGGCUCCACUGCGCAGACAGCAGUCUGUUAACCCAGAACUGCUGCAGAGCAGUCCCGUGGCUGUCUCGAGAACGCGCAGUGUUUCGGAGAGCGAGUCCUCCUUCAGCCUCCCCUCCUCCUUCUCCACCCCCACUUUCCUGAAAAGCAUUUACCAGGGCUCACUGGGCUCCCUGAGUUCCCUGGCAGACAGUGGGAGCCUCAAGAGCAAUGGGGAAGGCAGGAAGAGGACACUGUCUGGCUGCAGCAGUGACUCAGUGAGUGGAGGUCUCCCUCCGCCCCCACGCAGGGUCUCCUGGAGACAGAAGAUCUUUCUGAGGGUUGCGUCACCCAUGAACAAGACCUCUACAUCCAUGCAGCACCCAGACCACUCUGAUGGCAAGGAGCUGUUGCCUCUUUCUCCUCGUGCCUUUGACUCAAGUCUGGAUCCGUUGGGGCGCCUGCUGCAGCCGGGGGAGAGGCCUAAGAGGACUGGAUCUGGCUACCGGUCCCUCUGGAAGACUGCCAUCCACCAGCAGAUCCUACUGCUGCGCAUGGAAAAGGAGAACCAGAGACUGGAGGCGAGCCGGGAUGAGCUGCACAUCCGCAAGAUGAAGCUGAACUACCAGGAAGUGGGCCAGUGCUCCAAAGAUGCGCAGGCAUUGUGGGAGAAAAAACUGACGGCCCCAGGCAGAACGACAGUCCCACAAGACAAGGAGGAGAUUUAUCGUGCACUCUGCCAAGGUGUUCCCAAGAGCAGGCGUGGGGAGGUCUGGUUGCUCCUUUCCCAUCAGCAUCGGCUGCGUCACAGACUGCCCCAGCGUCAGCAGGCCCCGGACACCACCUACCAUGACCUGCUCAAGCAGCUCACUGCACAGCAGCAUGCUAUUCUGGUGGAUCUAGGCCGGACCUUCCCCACCCACCAGUACUUCUCAGCCCAGCUGGGCACAGGGCAGCUUUCCCUCUACAACCUCCUGAAAGCCUACUCUCUGCUGGAUACAGAGGUGGGCUACUGCCAGGGUAUUAGCUUUGUGGCUGGAGUGUUGCUGCUGCACAUGAGCGAAGAACAGGCCUUUGACAUGCUGAAGUACCUCAUGUAUGACCUCGGCAUCAGGCAACAGUACAGACCUGACAUGGUCUCUCUGCAGAUUCAGAUGUACCAGCUCUCCAGACUUUUACACGACUACCACCGCGAGUUGUACAAUCACUUCGAGGAGCACGAGAUCAGCCCGAGCCUCUACGCAGCACCGUGGUUCCUCACUCUCUUCGCCUCACAGUUCCCCCUCAGCUUUGUGUCCCGCAUCUUCGAUUUUGUAUUUGUCCAGGGAACCGGGGUGAUCUUUAAAGUGGCCCUCUGUCUGCUGAGCAGCCAUGAGGGGGAGAUAGUGGAGUGUGACAGCUUUGAGAGCAUUGUGGACUAUCUGAAAACUACACUUCCAGCCCUCACUCACACACAGAUGGAGCAGACCAUUGCAAAGGUAAUGGAGAUGGACAUCUCCAAGCAGCUGCAUGCAUACGAGGUGGAGUACCAUGUCCUGCAGGAUGAGAUGUUAGAUGCCGGACCGUUGCCUGAUGACUCUGACCGGCUCGACAAACUAGAAAAGACGAAUGUACAGUUGAAGAAACAGAACAUGGACCUGCUGGAAAAACUUCAGGCUGCACGGCAGAAGAUCCAGACGCUGGAGACAAGUGUAGAGAACUUCCUUUCUCGGGAGAGCAAAAUGAAGCACAUGAUUCGCUCUCUGGAGCAGGAGAGGGCAGCUUACCAGAAGACCAUUGAACGCAUGCGCUCUUGCCUUCCCCCUGACGCCCUGACAGAUGUGGAGAUGACCCAGAUCAAAACAGGACCCAACGGGAAAGCCAAAACUGCAGCCAAGAAGCCCUGAUGGCAACCAGGGGGCUUGCUGCUCUGGGCAGACACACAGGCAGACACUGAAGUGAACGAAUGGCGAGUACUCUAGUGGAAGGCUGCUGAGACCCACAGCUAUUGUUGUACAGCUGCACAAGAGUAGCAGUGUUUUGUAAAUGUGUGAUGUCUGGACUUGAGACAUGCGGACUGCAUGGGAAAUAUCUACGUGAUAUUUGUCAGCAUAUAAUAGAGUGGUGGGAGGAUGGUUUCAGUUAUAUUAGCAAACAGACUGUUCCGUCAGUGCAUCAAAGCUGCUGUUCUGUCUCAUCUGUUUCACUGCCAGUUUAAAGGUGAGAUCAAGAUGCAAAACAUGCCUCCCUAUUCAGAUCUUUUUGGUUAUCACAGGGGAAUUUUCUAGAUUGACACGAGUAAGAAAUGUGUCUGCCUCUGCAAAUCUCUUUGAACACUGCCUUGAUGUUUUUACUACCAGUCUCAGUAGCACCACAAAAGCAUUGAACAGAGGGUGCCUGUUGGCAAACAAUCCUUUGGACCUCAGGUUCAACUUAUAGCCAUUACCAGUGUGUAUGAUCCUGGAGUUGAUGCCCCAUCAUUUUUAUUGUUUUUGAACUUGUGUCUGUGAUGGAAACUCUGCCUCAGAGUAUUCGCAUUGUUUUGUUUUUUCCUUUUAUUCACUUGAAUUUUUUGUGAAUGUAAUUUCCCUCCAAAGAUCAUCUGUUUUUCACAACAGAGACAUUUGGGUGCACGUCUGCCAUGUUAGGCUUUAAAUUUCAGCAGACAUAUAUAGUAUCUUGCUGCUCAUCUCUCAGCACAGCACCACUGCCUUCACGUGAGACAUCUUUAAUAAUUGCACUUGCUGCUUUUAAGGAGGAAGUGUUUCUUCCAAAGCUCAGGCAGGAUGUGAGGUCGUCUGCCUUCUCAGUUUCCUGUGUGACUGACCGCGGUGUCGCCUCCUUUUAGCACCACAUUCAGACACUGAAGCAUAGUUCACGCUCCCCAGGAGGCACCGAAAAACAGACCUAUGGUGGAGGAGUGAUCUGAAUGUACAGCACAUGCUUCGGUUCUAAAAGUCAAGACAUUUUUGUUUUUGUCAGCUCGAGGUGUGACAAAACUAGCAACAUCCUCUCUUCCUGUAGUUCUUGAAUGUGGGACUACAAGCAGCUAGUGUUGUUUGGCUCAUGAUUUCAAGGCAACACGUAUCUUCAGUUGCAUCACUGUUGGUCACACAGUCAUUUUUUGUUUGCAGUGAAACUCAAGUGUUUAGGUGAAGAGAGAAACUGCAACAAAAAUAAGAACUUCGAAACCAUUCACUUUCCUUUUGAGUGGGGACGAGUCUCUCCUGUUACUGGGUAAUAUGUACAGUGUAUGUACACACACACUCUUAUACACACAAAUUGUGCAGUGAACUGGCUGACUGUAUGGGCAGACAGUUCAAAUGAGUUGAAAGAGUGUCCCUGGCUUUCUCCUCAGUUUUGUUUUAUCCCACCUCCGUGUCUGACUCACCAUUGCCAUUUCUGAUUGAAAGCAAAACAGUCCUGGGCUUUACUCCGCUUUCAUAAAACACCCUUACAUUAAACCCAAGGUGAUGUCUAUCAUGAAAAAUGUACUUACUAAAAGUGUCUAUCAGUCUUCCUGUCCUUGGUGACAAGUUGUGGUAACACAUUUGUGUCUUUCAGUGUAAAGUUUUUAUUCUCAAACUUUAGUCCAAGCUGACAUAUCCUUUGGCAUACACUGCAUUAUUUUUGUGUUCAGCAUCCUGUGUAUUUGCAUAAACCAAGAGCACUUGGCUACUUUUGCUAAGGAGCUACAGUAAUUCACAUAACGUUGAAUAGGUUGAUCAAUCGGGCUUGACGUUCCCUGUCAUGGUGAAAUCUUCUCUUAAUUGAGAUGACAUUGUAAAGGUUUACACCAAACGUCUCAUAAAUAAUACAGAAAUAGUGACCUCCGAACGGCAAGGAUUCCAGUUCAGAAAGUGAAACAUAUCAAACAACUCAUUUUGAAAUCUGUCAAACGAUACAUAGGAUACAGUCCUAUACAGCUUUCUUGUCUCCCUUUGCCUCCUUUGCUUGUCUGCAGUAUUUGUGCAUCAUAUAAAUUGACUGUUGAACCAAAGAUGUGGUUGCUUUUCAAAAAUAAGUGAAUGCAAAUUGAAUGAAGUCAUCCAAAAUGCUGUGAUAUACUGUAUGUUGAAUGUGAUAACUUUAUGGUCACUACACUUUUUCAGCAUUCUUCAGAUUUGUACUAAAACAAAAGCUUGAAAUGAUACCCAAUACUGGCAGUAAAAACUUGACACACUUAAAAAAACCAUUGGCAGACUUGUUUACUCAUCAUUCUAAACGUAUUCCUUUGUGCCAAAAGUAAAUGAUGGCCUUUAUUCUCCAUUAAUCGGAGAUAUGAGAUUUUGUGAAUAUCUAAUGUUAAGCACAUCCUCGUGGUCAGUGACACGUCCAUAUUUUACAUCAGGUGCUCUCUGUCCUGACUACUAAAUAGUGCUUGUAUCACUGUGUUUUAAGGAAAAACACUUAAUUAUAGAUGGGUUGUUUUUCUGCCAACAUGAGGGCUACACAAAAGCAAAGAAACUGUCAUGAAUUCUUCAAUAAACUUCACCUUGCCUUGUU